AUGAAGCUGUCUGCUAUUGCACUUUUGGCAUUGACCUCAGGCAUAGCUGCCGCCCCGGCCGCUGAGCCUGGCAGAGAGGUUGAUCAUCGCGACUAUGGUUAUGGCCGCAAGCCUGACUACGACCAUAAAGGUCGUGGGGGCAAGCAUGAUUAUGGUCAGCCGAAGCCUCACAAUCCAUGGGAGCACAAGCCUGACUACGAUCAUAAAGAUCGUGGAGGCAAGCAUGAUUAUGGUCGGCCGAAACCUCACAAUCCAUGGGAUCACAAGCCCGGCUACGAUCAUAAAGGUCGUGGAGGCAAGCAUGAUUAUGGUCGGCCGAAACCUCACAAUCCAUGGGAUCACAAGCCCGGUCGUGGCAAGGACCACGACUACAGGCCUCCCAAGGAUCACUACAAACCUCCUGCUCAGCACAAGCCUCACAACCCGUGGGAGCACAAGCCCGGCCGUGACAAGGACCACGACUACAGGCCGCCCAAGGAUGGAUACAAGCCACCUAAGGAUAACAAGCCCCCCAAGGACGAUUACAAACCCCCCAAGGGCGAUUAUAAGCCACCCAAGGACAACAAGCCUCCUGGUGAACACAGACCUCCCCCCAAGGACGACUACAAGCCACCCAAGGACAACAAGCCUCCUGGUGAACACAGACCUCCCCCCAAGGACGAUUACAAGCCACCCAAGGAUAACAAGCCUCCUGGUGAACACAGACCUCCCCCCAAGGACGAUUACAAGCCACCCAAGGACGAUUACAAACCCCCCAAGGGCGAUUAUAAGCCACCCAAGGAUAACAAGCCUCCUGGUGAACACAGACCUCCCCCCAAGGACGAUUACAAGCCACCCAAGGACGACUACAAGCCACCCAAGGACAACAAGCCUCCUGUUGAACACAAGCCUCCUCCCAAGGACGACUACAAGCCACCUAAGGGCGAUUACAAGCCCCCCAAGGACGACUACAAGCCACCUAAGGGCGAUUACAAGCCCCCUUACUAA